AUGGACCCUGCCAAUCUCUCCAGGGCUGAUGAUACUAAGAAAAACUUCGAGGCAAGAAGAAAGAGUUUGAAAUCAAAAUCACCAUUUAAUAAAGUAAAAGAAAAUGAAGACCUCAAGAUAAGGCGCACUGAUGAACAGGUUAAAGAAUUUCUAAAGGAUAUCGUGGAAAAACACAUCAACAUUAUUAAAAACGUCCAACUAACGGAGAAGACAUAUCGUUACUCCAUUUUGUUCUUCACUCAGAUUGUGGUGAUACUUAUUGCUUUGGCUAUCCCGCAGCUACGACUUAACGCAGAUAUUCUUAGUCCGGAAGCAUUUAAACUAGUAGUUGUGGUCUUUUGCGAGAGCCUGGGAACUGUUGGACUCUUUAACUAUUCCGGUCAGAUUCUUCUGGAUGAGUCAGAGGCACUUCGCCAGGCUUUGUACAAUUGUGACUGGACUGACAAACCUCGCAGUUUAAGGCGAGGACUGCUCAUCAUGCAGAUCAUGGCGUCCAAACCUCUCAAACUGACUACAGGAGGCAUCUACACAUUGAGCAUGGAGACGUUUGCGAGUGUUUUGAGCGCCACCUACUCAUACAGCAGGAUUACUCAUUCCUUCAAAUCUGAAUAA